AUGGACAACACGUUGAACACGGUCAACCCGCUGCGCGUGGGGCUUCAGCAGUACACCGCCGGGCUCGCAAAUGUCGCAUCCAGCAACAACACCAAGGCCCUCAACAGCGCCCGCUCGACAAUAACGACAAGUCACUCGAACAGCGCCCGCCGCUCCGGUAGUAAGCGCGACCACGACACCGCCACCUCGACCGACGUGGGGCAGCAGCAGUCGAAGGGCGGUGCCGCAACAACGACGGAUGCGACUUACGCUGCUCCAGCUGGUGGCGCUAACCGCGUAGUCGAGGUGCAGCCGCCUCCCAAGAAGAAGAAGGUCACCUACGCUCUUCCGAACCAGAGCCGUGAGGAGGGGCACUUCUACGUUGUGCUCGGCGAGGACAUCGACGUGUCGACGCAGCGCUUCAAGAUCCUGUCGCUGCUGGGCGAGGGCACCUUCGGCAAGGUGGUGGAGGCGUGGGACCGCAAGCGCAAGGAGUACUGUGCGGUGAAGAUCGUGCGCAACGUGCCCAAGUACACGCGCGACGCGAAGAUCGAGAUCCAGUUCAUGGAGAAGGUGCGGCAGGCCGACAUCGACGACCGCUUCCCGCUGAUGAAGAUCCAGCGCUACUUCCAGAACGAGACGGGGCACAUGUGCAUCGUGAUGCCCAAGUACGGCCCGUGCCUGCUCGACUGGAUCAUGAAGCACGGCGCCUUCAGCCACCGCCACCUGGCGCAGGUCAUCUUCCAGGCGGGCGCCGCGCUGGACUACUUCCACACGGAGCUGCGCCUCAUGCACACGGACCUGAAGCCGGAGAACAUGCUGCUGGAGACGGGCGAGACGACGGCGGACCCCGUCACGCGCAAGACAACGCCGCCGGAUCCGUGCCGCAUCCGCAUCUGCGACCUCGGCGGCUGCUGCGACGAGCGCCACAGCCGCACCGCCAUCGUGUCGACGCGCCACUACCGCAGCCCCGAGGUGGUGCUGGGGCUGGGCUGGAUGUACUCCACCGACAUGUGGUCGUUGGGCUGCAUCAUCUACGAGCUGCACACCGGCAAGCUGCUGUACGACACGCACGACAACCUCGAGCACCUGCACCUGAUGGAGAAGACGCUGGGCCGCCUGCCGCCGGAGUGGGCGGGGCGCUGCGGCACGGAGGAGGCGCGGCAGCUGUACAACUCAGCGGCGCAGCUGCGCCCCUGUACCGAUCCGAAGCAUCUCGCCCGCAUCGCACGCGCCCGCCCCGUGCGUGAAGUCAUCACGGAGCCGCUGCUGUGCGACCUCAUCUAUGGGCUGCUGCACUACGACCGCCAGAAGCGGCUCACAGCGCGGCAGAUGACGAUGCACCCGUACGUCCUCAAGUACUACCCGGAGUGCCGCCAGCACCCCAACUACCCCGACAACCGCCCGGGCCUGCGUCCCACGCCGCUUAUGUAA